CAAGUGACUUGCAAAGUAGACUUAGCUUUCCUGCCUUCUGAAAACACAAGAAUGGAUGAACAUCCUCCUGGAUUACCUAAUAGCCCAGAAGUUCCUUUGAGUGAUGCUUGGCAUAAAACAUGCCCCAUUGAAAAGACUGACAGCGUACAUGUUAGUUCUCAAGCAGAACCAAUGCCUCUUUCAACAUUGGCAUUUCUACAUAAUGGGCCUAGCCAAGUAAACUCCCAAUCUACAGGCUUUAUGUAUCAUAGCCCUGAAGGUGAAUUUCAAAGAAGUGAGCCAGAAGCUGUGGCAUGUCAAGAUGUCUUCGACACCACUCCCAGUCUGCAGACUGCUGGUGCUACACACGUUGACUUAGGUGAUGCUUUUGAGGAGAACAACACAACUGAUCAAAGGAAACCAGAAGUAAUGAAUUUAGAUUAUAUUCCUUCAGAAGCUGUCCCAGGAAAAGAAUCUUACAUUCCAGGCCAAGAGUCUGAGCUCAGGCAACGGGAAAGAAAUUUGUCACCCUUUAAUUUCAAGAAGUUGCAGGAUGAGAUCUCGGCAAUUAAGCUAAAAGGGGAUAAAAGUGAUGUACAUUUUAAAGCCCAGCAGCUUAACAGCUCAGCAGAAUCUCUAUUCAGCCCUUCAAGUUUAGAAAGGAAGCUUUUGGACCUUUCAACGCUCGAUAAGCAAGCAAAUUGUAAGGAGGACACGGCAACAAAUAUAAGUUGUGAAGAUAACAAGCACGGUGAGAUUGAAGAAGAAAGCAAAUGUGACUUGAUAGAGAAAUUCAACCUUCCCAAGAUGGAAGGAGAUGUUCCCAGGCAGCCUGUAGCAAUAUCUGAAAAAGAUCCAGAAAUUCCAUCUUCCAGGGCAUUCAGCAUUGGCUUUUUUGAUUUCAGGAAACACAUUAGCAAAAUAUUUGAACAGGUAGCACCAAAUGUUGUGCCUGCCAACUUGCCUAACCUUGCCACUGAGCAGCGUCCAAGUGAGAAGAUCAGUCCAGAGGGUAAAGAAACAAAGGUUAAGCAAGGUCUGGCAGAUGUUGAAAAAAGCAGUGCAGAUGUAGAUCCCGAGAAUGACUGGAAAACAAACCAGCGCACAUUGCCUUUGGAGACCGAAGUCUGUAAUAAAGCCACUGAAGAGAAAAUAUCUCAGGAACAAGAACUCACAGGAAUGCUGGCAAACAGUCAGGGGAAUGAUUUGCCAAGUGCCUUUUCAGAAAAGAUCCCUAUCGACAAAUAUUGCUUAACCGAAAACUGUCUUACAACUUCCCCCAAGUUAUUUAAGGUGGAUGGUUUAAGCAGGCAUGAAAUAAAUGUGGAGAUUAAUGAUCACCUUUGCUCUUUAAGCAGUGAUACUGCUGAGAAGGAACUUUGCACAGAAAAAGUGGAAUUUCCAUCUAGAAGUUCCGGAAAUCAAGAAACGGAGAAUCUGCCAUCUUCUCCUAAAAAUGAAGAGCCUUUAAUAAUCCCUGCCUCUACAGGCGUUGUUCCAGAUUUUGAGGCCACACCUGUUGCUACUGAAGUAAAAGAAGGUAAUUUAAUUAGUCUGUGUAACUUUGAAACAGAUGAACCUAAAGAACAGUUAACCUACGAGGGAAAUAAAAACAUCGACAAGGGGAAUGGUGACAAUACAGACUUAGCCAAGAUUUCAACAUUGCCAUUUCUUACAGAUGAUCUGGAUGCUCAUAAAGAACAAACAGAUCAGCCCGAGAUAUUGUUUGAUGAAAAUCCUAAUUUUUCCAAUCAACAUACAUUACAAAACACAGCUGUUACAGUACUGGAUACCAUAGACAGUAAUAACUGGUUGCAAAAGUCCAUAGAGGAAGAGAAGAGACAGGACACAGCAGAACAUAAGCUAAUUACUUAUUUUAAAAAUGAAGUAAGUCCUGAUCACUCACCAGACGAGUCCAAAUUGGGAUCCAACAGUGUUCAAGAGAGUUGUAUAGAAAAGACAAAUGACAUCAAUUUGAGCACAGCAGAAGGACCAGGUUUUUCUGCUGAUGUCCCUAAAGCAGAUACUACAAUCACGCUAAUUACCAACAACUGUGAAGCAGUUUUGCAAGCCAGCAGAGACAUUCAAAAGCCUGAUGUAAAGAGGCAUUCAGAAACCCUCCAAGGAAUGGAACAAACUAUACGUACAGAUGUGGAAAUGGCUUCUUUAAACGAAGCCAAAGAAGAACCUGCAAGUUUUCAAGAUAUCCAGGAAAUAAUACCAAUUAUUUCACAUUCUGAAUUGGAGCAAAGCUUUCCCGGUUUACUUGAAAACAUGGCGACGGAAGAAUUACCCCCUGAAAGUUCUUCUGUUCCUGAUGUUUCCGUUAAAUUGGAGCCUGAUGUGGAUUCUUUCCAAAAACCACUGACCACAGUUGUCUGUGAUGGUACUCUUGAUGCUACUGAGCUGACCACAGCAAGUACUUCCCAGCUGUGUGAUAGCCAGCAGCCAGAUAGCACAAUUGCAUCUCUUCCUGGCUCAGGAUCAUUGGCUCCUGAAUUCCCUAUUGAGAUAAAGCAGUGUGACCAGGAGACUGGAAAACCCAUUCCUGAAACCAAGAGGAGUUCAGACUCUGAAGAAGCAUUUGAAACACCAGAAUCUACAACUCCUGUAAAGGCUGCAUCUCCGCUACCGCAACUCCCACCUGAAAUUGUAGCAUUCGACAUAGAGGAACAAGAAAUAACACCUCAGCUUCCAUCAGAAGACCCAGGUUACAGUCCCAGCACACCUGACAAAGGUCAAGAGAGCUCCGAGCCUCCAAGUUUUUCUGAUGAAACAAUAACAGUAGCUGAUGUUCCUCAUUGUGAACCAGUUGAAGAAACUCCACUGCUCCCUCCAUCCCACUCAUUUUCUACAGUUUUUGAUGAAGACAAGCCAAUUGCUAGCAGCGGGGCUUACAACCUAGACUUCGAUAGCAUUGAAGUUGUAGAUUCCUCACAAGGUCUGGAUCCAAGCUCCCUGGACACACCAAGUUGGGAUUCCAAGUCCCACGUUAGAAGAAAAUCCACAGAUUCUGUUCCAGUUUCUAGAUCUACAUUAUCUCGUUCCCUUAGUUUGCAAGCUGGAGAAUUUGAUGGAGCCUCUUUUCCUGGGACUAACGAGACAGCAGGUUCUGCAACAGAUACUUUUGGUGCUGGUUCAAGCAGUGCUUCUAGUACUCUUAAGCGCACAAAAAAGCCUAGGCCAGCUUCCUUAAAGAAAAAACAAUUAGCAAAAAAACCCUUGGAUGUUUCUCCAGUAAAAGAACCAGGAAUAUCAGACCUCAAGCAAGAUUCUGCUGUCUCAAGUGACGAAAAAGUUUCUGAAGAAACUUUGGAGCCCACUGAACCUGAGUGCGCCAACCAACAGCACCAAAGUACUGUCAACAAAGACGAGGAGACUCCUGUACUGGAGACAUUGAGUCCAUUUGAUCCAAACAACUCAGAAGAAAUUCCUGUAUCAGGAGAUAGCCAAGGAGAGAACUCUCCACUUGCCAACAAGGAAACUGUAUCUCUUACCACAACACCAGAAGCUGUGGAGGUGACACCAUCAGACACCGGGGGACAAGAAGAUCCUCCAGUGAAAAGCUUAGUGGUCAGGUUGGAAUUUGAUUACUCUGAGGAAAAAGGCAGUGGUGAGGAACAGACAGAGAGUCCUCUUCUGCCCCAAAAAGUGGGCAAAAAGUCGGGGGCCAAAAUGCCCCUCCGAAGGCCAAAGACUAAAAAGACUGGAGAGAAACUUGACAAUACUCCCACAAGCCCAACCAAGACUCCUUCUGAACCCAGUGAGAUUCCUGUUUCCAAGGGCUCAUAUACUUUUGAUAUUGACAAAUGGGACGACCCCAACUUCAACCCUUUCUCUUCCACUUGUAAAAUGCAAGACUCUCCAAAACUUCCUCAGCAAACCACCACAACGUACAGCUUUGAUCAAGAAAUCUCUGAAGACUCUCUCGAUCCAUUCAAGUCGUCCCCAAAAGUUGCCAGUUCUCCCACACAACCUCCAGCAUCCUUUGAGAUCUCAGCCAACGUCAAUGAAAUUAACGGAUCAGAAGGAGAUGGCCUAAAUAAACCUGCAAAAAAGAAGAAGACGCCACUCAAGACUGACACUUUUAGGGUGAAAAGUCACCAAAAAGAUCUCCACUGUCUGAUGCACCUUCACAGGAAUCUAUGGUACUGCCUUCUACUGAAAACGCCCUCUGUUGUAUCCACUGUGGUACAUGCAACAGAUGAGGAAAAACUGGCAUCCUUCGUGGGUAAUCAGAAAUGGACUUGUAUGACAGUGGAUCUCGAUAAUGAUAAGCAGGAUUAUCCUCAGCCAUCAGAUCUCUCAUUUGUAAAUGAAACAAAAUUCAGCUCCCCUACAGAAGACCUGGAAUAUGGCAACACAUAUGAAAUAGAAUACAUGGAAAAAAUUGGUUCCUCCAUAGCUGAUGAUGAUGGCCAGACAAAGCAAUCUUUGUACCUUAUGUUCAAAGCUCAGCAAGAGAGUCCAAUCAAGUCUCCUCCAGCACGUUUAUCAGAUUCUACAACUCCUUGUUCUGGGUCAAGUCUGGAAGAAACAGAAAGCCAGCUUUCUUGUAGUAUAAAACUACAGCACCCAGCUUCACGAUCCCUGGUAGCUAACCAGGAAUCAUCAGUACAGUCCUCUGAUGAAACAAAGAACUGGAAUCUGUGUCCAUAGGUGCUUCAGACAACAUAAUCAGUCCUGAAGAUCCCUAUGUUUCCGCUGAUGCUCUUCUUAGUAGGAUAUCUCACCCGCCUGCAGUAUGCGAUCAGCUUCAGUAUCU